UGGCAAACUCUUUGUGAGCCAGGCAUUGUUUUUUAAAAUUUUUUUUUCCAUGUCUGCUGCUCUUAGCAGUUCUGUUUUCGAGAUUCUGAGCUUUGAUUUUCCAGUUUUGAACGUGCCAAAUGCCAAAGUCUUUGAAAAGAAUUUUAGUCUUGGCCUUAACUACUACCCCUUAUCACAAACUAGGAAUUCGUUUGGAAACGCAACAAAAGUGAGCUUUUCUUUCUUUCUUUCUUUCUUUUUUUGGCUUACUUUUUCAUUUUCCAUUCAUUUCCAAAAAGCCUUAGAUCUUGGCCCUUGGUACUUGCAAGCAAUGCGAAAUGCGAAGGGCGACCUGGUUGGUGUCACCGAGCUCUCGGCCGGGCGGCUGGUCCAAUUUCACCUGUGUCUUGGUGAGUCAGAACACCUUUGUGAUGCAGAACUCCGUUUUCUAAUAUCUGCUGAACGGACUGACUUGACUUUCUUUUUCCUGCAAAGAAUGGUGUUCUGGUCUUCAGUCUCUUUAUUAAGAUUUCCAAGGGUCUGCAGGGCUUUUUGCAGUCACAAAAAGUUGCCGAGGUUCGAAGAUUCCUCAGGCCUCGGGGCUGAGGAGGUCCUGCAAGCUUAAGGAUGUUUGCGGCUGCGUUCUGACGGCCCGGACGGUGAAAUGCCAGGACGGCCAUUCCGUGGCACGAGGCUGCCAGGGUGAGCUGUCUGCAAGUCACGAUGCAAAAGCUGCCAAGGCUUUGCAGGCCUUCCUGACCCGCCUCUGAACCUUCCACCUCAAAGUGUUUCCAAACGCGCAGUUCUUGCCCG